CAAGUAGGUUAGUCGAGGGAUCUGAACGAGCAGCGGUGGGACUCCCGGCACGACGACGUCGGCAGACCCUCGUAGGAUAUUUCUAGAAACCGUGCCACAGCUUGGCGGCCUGGUAUCCGCUCUAAUAACCUCACACACACACAAGAUGGCCAAAGUGCACAUAACCAACGUGGUGGUGCUGGACAAUCCCAGUAGCUUCCUGAACCCGUUCCAGUUCCAGCUCACGUUUGAAUGUAUCGAAAAGCUAGAGGAAGAUCUCGAGUGGAAGAUGAUAUACGUCGGUUCGGCGGAAUCGGAAGCGUUCGAUCAGGUCCUAGACACGAUCUACGUCGGUCCGGUACCGGAGGGUCGUCACAUCUUUGUAUUUCAAGCGGAACCACCGAACGUGAGCCGUAUCCCCGAGCAGGACGCCGUUGGUGUGACGGUGGUGCUGCUGACCUGCUCGUACCGCAACCAGGAGUUUGUGCGCGUUGGCUACUUCAUCAACAACGAGUACGCGGAUCCGGAGCUGCGUGAAAAUCCGCCACCAAAGCCCCUGUUCCACAAGAUGACCCGCAACAUACUGGCCACGAAACCGCGCGUAACACGGUUCAAGAUCAACUGGGAUGAUACGCCGGCGAACGGUGUGGCCGGACCAUCGAGUGGGCUGGACGGUGAGGUAGCGGCCAACGGAAUCCAUGAUCAUCACCAUGGUGAAGGCAACGAGGGUGACGACGAUGACGAUGAUGAGCAGAUGGACGCCGGCUCGGACAGUAACUCGCAGCAGCAACACUCACUACAUCAUCAUCCACCGGCGGAGCACGAUGAGAACAGCAUUGCCCUGCCGCCAACGGAGAUGCCCGAGUUCAACGAAAACUCCAACUCGCUGGCAAUGGAGUGCUGAAUAACGUUGCCGGUGCUGCGGGCGAUCGUAGUCUGAUCCCGCACCCUCGAGAUCGCGAAAGUCAAUUUCCCGGGCGAGUGGGUGGGAUGAUAGUAUAGGUUCUACCUGCUGAAGCAUAGCAAUUAGUAAUUGAGUAAUAAUCUAUUGUUUGCCAAAAUUUGUUUGAAGGAUUACAAGCUCGCAAGGGCUCGAGCAUGAAGAAUUUCGAAUGAGCUGGUGACUCGCCCUUUUGCUAGACAUGUUUGACCGAUAUUUGCCAACCAUCUUUUGUCUUUCCGUUUACGAGGCGUGUCCUUUUUUUGUCCUGAAUUCGUAACUCCAAAUCGAUGUCGAUGGAGUCGCCACCCGAGGUGUGACUUGGAGCUUUGGGGAUACCAGCAUCAAACAAUCAUUGGUUCCUACGAUCGAUUUAUCGAAGUUGUUCUCGUGCAUGAAAUGUUUAGCGGAGCAGCGUUUCAUUUUCUUAUUCGUUUUCACCUUACUUCUUUUUUGUUUAGCUGAAAAAGGUGCCCAGUAAUGUUCACAAAAAGGAAAGGAAACAUGUAAAAAACAAGCUCGCUCGCUUGCCUUUUGUAAAUAGAGUAGCUGCUCGUGAACGAACGAACAUUUGAGCAAUCAAUCACACUAUCACACAAACAAUCAUUAAAUAGAACUGAGGCAGGAAGAAAAGCGAAAGAAGUAGAAGAGGAGAGGGUCACAGAUGAAUCUGAGUAACAUAAAUGUAAGAUUUUUUGAAAAAAAUAAAACCGAUUAAAUGAAGUUGGAAAAAGAAAGACGCUAACCCAACA